AUGUACAGAGUUCCAGCUCUUGACUUGGGCAAGCUAGUGGACAAUGACAACACGUUGUCGAGACCCCCUGACACGUAUGCCCAGUACCCCACUCUACACAGCCCUGGGGCAGCCUCUACUGUCAGUUGGGGAACACCCAUAAGUUCUCCCUUUGCUCUGCACUACCCAACUGGUGGACAUUUGAAGGGAGCCUAUGGCAAACCAGCUUCAGGUCGUGUGAAGCAAGAACCCAAACAGAAGACUGCGUGGGAUGACCCUCCAGUUCCAGACAACCUGCCCUCCCCCGGAGAAAAGUACAAGGCCCAGUACCGACAGUACCAACAGGAGAGGGAACUGCAGGUGCAGGGGAAUGUUCCACUCAACGAAGGGGGGGACGCACACUGUCAGGUUGAACCCAAACAUUCCCCCAAGGCACCAGCUAAUGGGGACACUAAACUGGAUUUCCAUGACCAGGAGUCGAGUGAGGCGACACUGGACCAGGUUGAGGCCAUGCAGCUGACCUUCACACGGCAGCCCUACAGCCACAGGCAGCAGCAGAGGAAAAUGGACGCUGAAGACUUGCGUGAGGAAAGAAGAAAACAGAUGAUAGUAGAGCAGGUGAUGGUGGACAUGUUGUCGCGCGCAGUCAUCAGCGAUCCUGAGCAGGACAGAAGAGAGGCCGCGCCUGACCACCCCCCUCCCUCCCCGUUCGGCUUUGGGCCAGGAAACUACACCAGUAACAGGCAGCACAGGAGGGACCUGCAUAACACCAAGGUUAAGACGACAACAUCACAAACAGAGGAGCUUCUCUCCAGAAGACUGAGUUUCGGGGCCAGAUUUCUCACCAGGAAUGGCAGAGAUGCCCUUCGCGAGUUGCAUGGCUUCUACUUUGCAGUCGACCAUUCCAUAACUGUGUAUGAGUUCAAACAGUUUGGCAAAAGAGCCCAGGCCCUGCCCAUUAUCCAGAGGGGUAUUUACUACCAUCACAUCGGACGUAGGAAGGGGAGGAAAAUUACCAUCAAAGACCUGGCAAUAGGUCAGAACCUGAGUUUUGACACCAAGGCCCAGCCGUCCUUACCCGACUCCAUCAGGCUCAAACCCACCGUCAUACUCAGGGUCAUCGACCUAGACCACAAUGCAAAGGACAUCCUCAUGGAAGACAUGCAGCUUUCUGCCCAGGGCGACCACGCCUUCACUAACCAGGAGAUCCAGGACCUCAAGGUCUUCAGGGAAGUACAAGGAAGCUUGCAGCAGCGGCUAAGAAAGCGAGGAAUAAGGACAGUGACGAGUCUCGGGCAUCACUUCCGCAAAAUCGACAAGUCAGGAGAUGGGGUGCUGAGCAAGUCAGAACUUCGGGAGGCUCUCCAGCAGAACAAGAUGGACGUUUCUCCUCAGCACUUUGAGAGUGUUUGGCGUAUCCUGGAUCAGAAUGAGGACGGUGUGCUCGACUACGGGGAGUUUAUGAGGACGUUUAUUGGGGAGAUGAGCGAGUACAGGAAAGCUCUCGUCAGAAAGGCCUAUGACAAGUUAGACCCCAACAGAACUGGAAGUAUCAAACUCAGUGACAUGCGGAAGUUCUACAACGCACGCAAACAUCCUAAAGUCUUAUCAGAUGAGGCUAGUGAAGAAGAGAUGCUGAACAGUUUCCUGGACAGUUUCUCCCACUGCCAGGACCCCAGAACUGUGCAGUAUGUGGAGUUUGAGGAAUACUACGAAGGAAUGAGUAUUGAUGUGUCCAGGGACGAUGAUUUCGCCAACAUCCUGAAAAAUAGCUGGGGAAUUUAAGCUCGGGCUUCUAUGGUUACAGUUAAAAACAUCUUUAAAAAAUUUUAACCCUUGGCCUUCUAUAGCUAAGGGUGCAGUGAAAAUUUCAACAUGAUGCUGCAAAAUAGCUAUCAAUGUAAGCUUCAGCCUCCUAAGGUAUACACCAAAAACUUCAACAACAUUCUAAAAAGUAGGUGGGGCAUUUAACCCCAGGCCUACUAAGGGUUCAGUGAAAACAAAAUUCUGCAGUUCUGCAAAAUAGCUGGGGAAUUUAAGCUCUGCAUUCUAAGGGUUCAGAAAAACAUGGUAAAUGGUAGCAUUCCAGGGGUGUACCCAAAGCGUCUGCAACAUGUUGCAAUUGGCUUUGGAAUUUAACUCUCUGCUUGUUAAAGUCAUGUGAACCAACAAUAUGAAAAAGCAAGAAAAAACUUUCAUGAAGAUACAUGUAAUAAAAUAUUCGAUUAGCAAUCUCCAAGCAGCUAUUGGGUUAAGGGUGUAUAACUAAGUAGAUAUAUUUGUAUAAAAUUGCAUGGGUAGUUUUUAAUAACAGGUGUGAAAAUCAAUGAACAUUUUAAAUGGGGUGAAAUUUAUUGCGCAUACAUAUUAGUUUCUCUAUAAAUGUGGUGUUGUAUAUUAUGGAGAUAGGACACGAUAUAUAUGAUCAUGACAAAGUUUGAACCAGAAUGUUGCUUGUUUUAAGUUACAUAUACACUUAAACAGUAUGAUUACAUUAAUUGUUGGUAGUAAAAAUGACUCAAAAUGACUGCAAUGGCUGUUUGGAUAUUUAAUGCAAAAUAUUACCUGCCUAAGUAACAGUCUGUCAUAUUUUCCCAUAAAUACACAGAAAAUAAAGUUAACCUUUAAUUUUGACAUCCAAGGCAAACAUUAAUGCAGUGUUACUAGCAUGUUUAUUUUAUAACGUCGAUACAUUCGAAUCUCCAUGACGACAAGAAAACACAACAAUCCAAUUCCAUAUAAGGCACUACGUUCUACUUGCGGUUUUGCUGACCAUGAACGAAGCACCCGAUUUCACCAGGUGCAGUUACACUGAAUGUCGCUAGAAGGCAUCACUUCACAACACACCAGACGGGUCUGUCUACUUUUCAAAGGCAACCUUACAGGACCAUUGACA